ACAUCAUUGCUAUUCUAUCAUACGAGAACCUUGAAGUCUAUAUAGGCUGUCUUGUAUUUACCUUUACCUUCUGUCUCCUUACGAUUCCUAAUUCUUGAUAUUGAAAACGCUUGAAAAACAAAAAUGCAUUAUCAAAGAACUCAACAUCGCCUCCCCUAGAUUUCCAAACCGCGUCAUGGGUGUUUCUUAUUUUGCAUUCACCUCAAUCACACUCAUUGGGCUAUUCGGAUCAGUGUCCGAUAUAUCAACUAUCUUCGCCUUUUCGAUUAUACGGAAUAGACAUUCAUUUUUACAAUCAAUCCAGAAAUAUGUUGACUUAUCAACCAUUAUUACCAUUGCCACGAGCACGAGUGUCCUGUUUUCAAUUCUUCAAAUUAUUCGAUAUGUCCGAGGGCUUCAGGUAGCAUCUACCAAUCUAGAUGAUCAAUUUUUAAAACCUAUGCUCUUUCCUACGAAGACAAGUCAUUUGAGGUUGUUUCCAAAGAGACAUGGCUUCUCAUACUCCUAUCUUUUAACUGGCAUACCCAUUGGUUGGAUAGGAUCUUCAGGAGGAAUGAUUUCAGUCGAUGAUAAGAAUGAUGGACUCCCAUGGUAUAGAAAAUUAUUAUCCUUACAACCAAUGAGUCCUUGGUAUGUCGUGGAUGGAGAUUAUUAUUUGGAGAGGGGUCAUGUCUCUGGUGGAUUAGAAGGAAAAUUGAAAAAAUUUCUUCACGAUCAGGGUUUAAAUCAUGAAGAUUAUCCAUUUGCAUAUCUCUUGACGUCUUCUAAGUUUCUUGGUUAUCAAAAUAAUCCAGUUUCAAUAUGGAACCUUUAUUCAAGGAAUAGAGAAUUGAAAGCUGUUAUCCUCGAAGUCAAUAAUACAUUCGAUGAACGUCACACUUAUUUUGUUACACCAAAAGACGCGGAAGAUUCCAAAAUAGAGGAACCUAAAGGCAAACCACCAAGGUUCACAAAUACUUGGUCCAAGGAAUUUUAUGUUUCUCCAUUCAAUUCUCGAAGUGGUUCUUAUUCCGUCUCAGCUUCUGAUCCAUUUUUUCCAUCGCUUUCUGGAAACAAUCCUCUGGAUCUCACAUUAACUCUUAGUUCUACUGAACGUCCAUUCUUAGUAGCAAGAGUCUUCUCUGAUGGCCAUGCAUUCGACCCAUCUACCAUAUCGGUACUCGAGAAGACUAAAUUUCUACUAUCAUGGUGGUGGGUAGGAUUCGCUACAUUCCCUCGAACAUUAGUCCAAGCCUCCAUAUUAUUUUUCAAACGGUCCUUACCAUGGGUUUCGCGUCCGGAACCAGUCAAAAAGACUAUUUCCCGACAUGCCGAUAAAACUCAAAAGUCUAUCGAGGCAUUAUUUCGACAAUUCUUACAACAUCUUAUUGAGGUAACGGACCAGCCUUUGGUUUUAAAGUAUAGACCUGCUGGGCUUCUUAAUAAUACACCAGAAAUUAUGUUUUCUCCAUCAGCUCAAAUGUCACCGGAAUUAGCAAAAUCCAUGGAAAUAUCAGUACUUACACCGAUUUUCUACACCCAAUUCAUCAAAUAUGUCGAUAUCGUCCAAGGUCUUGAAAUGGAAUCGAAAAAUGAAACCAUAUCUAUCUCUGACUUGAGUCUUUUAUGGACACGGCCUUUGAAGUCAAAGGAGCAGCAAGCAGUACCAAAAAAUUUCCAUUCAUCGGAUGAAAAUACUCUUACCUGUGUAUUUUUCCGAGCAAUUCGUUCCAUUCGUACAUGCUCCCAUACCGAUCCUAUUGGAAAUCUUUUUUCGUCAUUUGACAAAUACAUUCUGGGGCACACCGAUAAUGUCACUUCCUUGUUAUACCAGAGAAUACUGCUCAAGAUGUGGCUUUGUGAUUGGAUUGCUUUGGGAUGGGAAGAUUUAUUGAAUUUCCAAUGGUGGCUAGUAAAGAUUGGAGGCUUUUGGUGGUUAACAGAAAAGAUGUGGUUUGUUUAUUUGAAUUCAUACACUGGCUUGGGGCAUUGAAAGCAUGAUGUUGGGAAUAAUGUAUGGUAGAUGCGGGAAAUAUCGAAUGGUGAUAUUUAAAUACUUG